AUGAAAAUAAAAGCAUCUAAAUUUUAUAACCGCCUGCAAAGUAUACCUGAUGGCAGUUCUGAAUCUGAAUGGUCUGAUGAUGAGGAUUUGUACACACCUUUACUACCACAAGAUAUAUGUGUUGUUUCUGAUACUGAUGAUGAUAUUCCUACUAAUGGAGAUUAUUUAGUCAUUCCUGCAUCUGAUGAUGAAAUUGCCUCAGAAGAUGAAGAUGAUGUACCCCUUUCUGUACGACUUAGUAGGUUAGUUUCCAAUAAAUCAAAAAAAGCUAAGGAACCAAAACCAGUUUGGUUAGAGGAAAAUUAUAUUACAAAUCCAGAAACAAUAACAUUUACUGGUGAUACAACAUUACCAGAAAAUAUUUUGUCGCUAACUGAUCCAUAUCAGUUUUUCAGUUUUUUAUUUCCAUCCACACUUAUACAAUAUAUAACUGAUCAAACUAAUAUUUAUGCAUCACAAAUUAGUCCUAAUAAACUGCCAAAUAUUUGUGCAAAAGAAAUAGAACAAUUUAUUGGUAUAUGUUUAAAAAUGUCAGUUUGUAAGCUACCCUCUGUACGUCACCAUUGGGGAAAUCUGGGCACACCUUCAAUAUAUAAUGUCAUGUGUGUAAACAGAUUUGAAGAAAUAAAACGUUUUAUUCAUUUCAACGAUAACAGCAAAUUACCAGAAAGAAACAAUGCAGAUUAUGAUAAACUUUACAAAGUCAGACCUUUAUGUGAACAAAUUCUAAAUAUUAUUAGAAGUAUACCUAAGGAAGAACAUUUAGCAGUGGAUGAACAAAUAAUCCCUACUAAAAGUAGAACAUCACUCAAACAAUAUAACCCAAAAAAGCCCCAUAAAUGGGGUUAUAAAGUUUUUGUUUUGAGUGGUGUAUCAGGAUUCUGUUAUGAUUUUGAUAUUUUUGCUGGAGCUCAAAGUAAUAUCAUUCAUGACUCCUGUCCAAAUAUGUCAGUCAGUAGCAAUGUAGUUCUUAGAAUGAGUAACUUUAUACCAAGACACUGUAAUUAUAAAAUAUUUUUUGACAAUUGGUUUACUUCCAUCCCUUUAUUAAUAUAUUUACAUAAGGAAGGUAUUUUACCAAUAGGUACUGCUCGAUUGAAUAGAUUGUCAGGUUUGAAAAUGCCAACUGAAAAAUGUUUCAAAAAAAAAGGACGUGGGAGUUUCUGUGAGAUGAUUACUUAUUUACUUAUGUAG